AUGGCCAAAUGCGGCAAGAUCCAGAGCAUCGUCCGCCUCCAGCAGACUCUGCGGCGGUGGCGGUCCCGGGCCGCGGCGGCGCCGACGGCUCCGGUGCCGGCGGGGCACGUGGCAGUGUGCGUGGGCGGCGCAUCGCAGCGGUUCGUGGUGCGCGCGGCGCUCCUCAACCACCCCGUGUUCCGGGAGCUGCUCCGGCAGUCGGAGGAGGAGUACGGCUUCCCGUCCACCCCCGGCCCCGUCGCGCUCCCCUGCUGCGACGAGGACAGCUUCCUCGACGUCCUCCGCCGCGUGUCCUCCGAGGACCGCCUCCUCCGCUCGUUCUGCUGCCGCGUGCCGGUCGUCACCAGCCGCGACGUCGCGGCACGGCCGCUGCUGCAGGGGAUGGCGGUGGAGAAGCUCGUGUGGUGA